AUGCAGGUUCUGCAGGCGCUGUUGCUGACCCUCGGGUCCCUCCUUGCGGUGAACGGCCAGUCCUUCCACCUGGGGAGGUGUCCCAAACCGCCCGUUCAGCUAACCUUUGAUGUCGCUAAGUACAUGGGAAGGUGGUAUGAGAUCGAGAAACUGCCCGCGGCCUUCGAGCUGGGAAAGUGCAACCAGGCGACUUACACCCUGAAGCCCGAGGGCGUGGUCCAGGUGGUGAACGCGGAGCUGCUGUCUGACGGGAUUGUGAACGAGAUCGUGGGGACGGCUCGAGUGAAGGAUCCCUCGCAGCCAGCUAUCCUGGAAGUCAGCUUCUUUGAGGGUGCGCCCAGUGCCCCGUAUUGGGUAUUGUCCACAGAUUACGAAAACUACUCGCUCGUCUACUCCUGCACUAACUACCUGGGUUUCUUCUACGUGGACUUCGCCUGGAUCUUGAGUAGGUCGCGGACUCUGGCCGCCACUACCGUCGAGCAGCUGCGCAGCACGCUAACCUACAACGGCAUCAGCGUGGCGCGCAUGACGGCGACGGAUCAGACCGGUUGCGCGGCUUUGUCGCGGUCGCCGGCUCCCGCUGUGGCUGCGUGA